AUGACGAUAACUACAGUUGAAGAAUCAGAUCCAGAGCAGAUCGAGAAGUUUACAGACAUUCAUCCCAGAAAUCCUCUUUAUCUACAUCCAUCCGAUACUCCAGGUAGCAUUCUGAUCCCUCAACAACUUACGGGUAUUGAAAAUUACACUGGUUGGAGCAAUUCUAUGAGAGUAGCGUUGUUAGCAAAGAAUAAAAUUGGGUUUAUUGAUGGUAAAUGUCGUAAGGAUCAGUACAAAGGAGAUUUAGAACACGAAUGGGAAAGGUGUAAUGCGUUUGUAUUGUCAUGGAUUACAAAUUCAGUUUUGAAGGAGUUAGCAAAUGGCCUAAUGUUUUCACAUAAUGCACAUAGUGUUUGGAAAGAUCUGAAAAAGAGGUUUGAUAAACCCUGUGAGUGUGAUAAAUACAGAGUAUAUGCAGAACACAUGGAGAGACAAAAGCUUAUGCAGUUCUUAAUGGGAUUAAAUGACAGUUUUGCUCAGUCGAGGAGCCAAAUACUUUUGACAUUUCCUAGCCUAAGCCUUAAUCAAGCCUACAGUAUGAUAAUGCAAGAUGAAAGCCAAAGGACACAGUCUAGUCUGAUAUCCAAUUGUGUAUUGCCUCUACAGAAAUUGAACAUCAAUGAGCCUACUGCAUUAGCUUCAACUCACCAUAACAGAUUCAGCCAAAGCACAGGUCAAAAUACAGGUUUAUACUGUGAUUACUGUCACUUGAGGAAUCAUACAAAGGCUAAUUGUUAUAAGCUCAUUGGAUAUCCUCAACAUUACAAGUUCACAAAGAAGAAAGGAACUGAUGAUCGGAGUAAUAAGGGUCAAAUCUCAGGGAAUGACAGAUCACAGGUUUUUGGAGGUAAUAGAAAGCCUCAGAUCAAUAAUGCACAGUAUGCUGAGAAUUUGGAUACCAAUAGGAAUACUGAUGUUAAUCCCUCAUCUCUCCAAACUGUGCCCACUUUUACUUCUGAUCAGUACAACCACCUAUUGAAAUUGCUUGAAAAGGAUUGCUCAUCACAAGAGACUAUAGCCAAUAUGGCAGGUACUGAUACAUUUUCCUGGAUUGUGGACACUGGGGCCACACAUCACAUGGUCUCUAGCUUAAACACUCUAAUCAAUCCAGUUCCUGUACAUCCUGAUUCUAGUAGUGUGUAUCUACCUAAUGGUCAAUUGACUACUGUUACACAUACUUGUUCUGACCUUUGCACUGGCAAGGUACAGUGGAUUGGUAAGGAAGAAGGAGGUCUCUACACACUUCUUUCUACCACGAAACCAUCACCUGUCAUUGCACUCCAUUCCAGUCCUUUAUGCUCACCUGAUUCUACUACUUGGCACUUGAGAUUGGGACAUGCUCCUGCUGCUGUCCUUCACAAGAUUGAUUGCCUCAAACCUGUUCUUCAGCAUACAACUUCUUUUCAUUCUGUCUGUCCUCUAGCAAGGCAAACUAAGCUUCCUUUUCCUACUAGGUCUAAGAAAACUGUUUUACCUUUUGAGCUUCUUCAUAUGGAUGCCCUCAGUGAUAACCACACUUGGGAAAUUGUUGAUUUACCUGCUAACAAAACUCCUAUUGGUUGUAAAUGGGUGUAUAAAAUUAAGUAUCAAGCUGAUGGCAUCAGAUGUGUUGUGGCUUUGGCUGCUCAGCAUGGUUGGUCUCUCUUCCAAAUGGAUGUCUACAAUGUUUUCUUACAGGGUGAUUUAUUUGAAGAAGUGUACACGGUCCUACCUCCAGGCUUCACUCAAAGUAAACUAGACUACUCCUUGUUCACCAAAACAGAUGCUAAUGGAGACAUAGUGAUAAUUUUGGUAUAUGUGGAUGAUCUUUUGAUUACUGGAAACAAUCACAAGUUAAUACAGGAAGCUAAAGACAUAUUGAAUAAUAGCUUCAAAAUGAAGGAUUUAGGUGAAUUGAGAUACUUUCUUGGCAUUGAAUUUGCUAGAUCAAAGAGUGGAAUAUUGAUGAAUCAGAGGAGCCUCAUAGAUGAUACUGAGUUGGAAGACAGAAGGGGAUAUCAAAGAUUGAUUGGAAGAUUGCUAUACUUGGCUAUGACAAGGCCAGAUAUUUCUUUUGUUGUACACUUGAGUCAAUUUAUGCAUUCUCCUAAACAAUCACAUUAUGAUGCAGCAAUACAUGUAGUAAGGUAUAUUAAGGGACAACCUGGUUUGGGUUUAUUAAUGAGCAGCAAGAAGUCAGACAGAAUAAGUGCUUUUUGUGAUGCAGAUUGGGCUUCAUGUGUGGUAUCCAGGAAAUCUGUAACAGGUUUUGGCAUCAGAAUAGGUGAGUCUUUAGUUUCAUGGAAGUCUAAGAAACAGAAUACCAUCUCCAGAAGUUCAGCAGAAGCUGAAUACAGAAGCAUGGCAACCACUGUUGCAGAAUUAGUCUGGUUACAGGGUCUGCUACAAGAAAUUAAAGCUAAGUUUACACUGCCUAUGGAGUUGCACUGUGAUAAUAAAGCAGCAUUACAAAUUGCUUCAAAUCCCAUGUAUCAUGAGAGGACAAAGCACAUCGAAAUAGAUUGCCAUCUUAUUAGAGAACGAAUACAAGAAGGGCUCAUCAAGACUGAGUACAUAACAAGCAGGGAGCAGAUGGCAGAUGUUUUUACAAAAGCCUUAGGAAAGCAAUUGCAUAGUAACAUGUUGUUCAAGUUAGGAAUGUUGGACAUAUUCCACCAUCCAACUUGA